GGCCAUACUGUUCUCAUCGCAUUCCUCCAGUUAAAUUUUGUUUUGUGUUUUGUUUUGCCUUUUUUUUUACCCAUCGCCUAAGAUUUAUUAUCCUUUGCCUCUUUACGAAUAGUUGUGAAGUGUCCGGAAAAGAGCAUCGCCUUGCACCGCGAUUGGCAGGUCAGCUACAAUGGCAUUUCGCCAGUCGGAGCAUGAGAUGAGCGUCACUUCGCUUGAUUCAAGCGUCGAACUGCGUUCGCGCUCCCCAUCGCCACAGCUCUUUAAUCCGCGUAAGCUUCGUUUCGCCGACGACGACUUUGACAAGGACCCGCCUGAAGAAGCGAGUCCGCAACAUCAUCACCAGCGGCAGCAGAAACUAUCCUCCGGCAGUGGGCAUCAGCUGGGCAAGGAUGGAGAAGGAGAUGUAUCCAUGUCCCCUCCAUGUCAGAAGGUGCGAGCCCUACGCCUUUUCAGUACCCCGGCCACCCCCAAGACAAUCCUUCAGAAAUCCACGACGCAAUGCAGCAACCAUCUGUCGGCUGCGGCAGCGGCAGUGAACGCCUCUCGGCGUAGCGAGGAUCUCUUCCGUCUGUCGGAGCGCCCGCGAUCCUUGCCCCUGCACAACCGAAAAUUACCUGCCCAGGAUACGGCGAAUGUGAAUCCUUUUACGCCCGACAGCCUCCUGGCUCACAAUAAGAAGCGCUGCCGUACGCAAUUUGGACGCGAAAACCUAAACCUGAAUGUAAAUGCUAUGCAAAAGUAUUUGCUCAGCGAAGCAUGCGACGAGGAUGCGACGGAAGAAACAGGCGACUCACUGCGAGAGAUCCACCAGCAGGCUCCCAAGAGGCUUGCUCUACAUGACACGAACAUCAGUCGCUUCAAGCGCGAGUUCAUGCAAGUAAACGUAAUUGGCGUUGGGGAGUUUGGUGUGGUAUUUCAGUGCGUCAAUCGACUGGAUGGAUGCAUUUAUGCGAUUAAGAAGAGUAAGAAGCCGGUGGCAGGUAGCUCUUUCGAAAAGAGAGCCCUAAAUGAGGUAUGGGCUCAUGCCGUUCUGGGCAAGCACGACAACGUGGUGAGAUACUAUUCCGCGUGGGCAGAGGACGAUCACAUGCUGAUACAGAAUGAGUUUUGUGAUGGGGGCAGCUUGCAUGCGCGAAUCCAAGAUCAUUGCUUGGGCGAGGCAGAGCUUAAGAUUGUGCUCAUGCAUGUGAUCGAGGGCCUGCGCUAUAUCCACUCUAAUGACCUGGUUCACAUGGAUCUGAAGCCGGAAAACAUAUUCUCCACCAUGAAUCCGAACGCAUAUAAAUUAGUUGAGGUGCAGCCGCCUCAGAACAAAGACGACGAUGGUAUGGACAGCGUCUACGAAGAGCUACGGCACUCAGAGAAUUUGGUGACGUACAAGAUCGGAGACCUGGGUCAUGUUACGUCCGUUAAAGAGCCCCAUGUAGAAGAGGGCGACUGCCGUUAUCUGCCAAAGGAGAUCCUUCAGGAGGAUUAUUCGAAUCUCUUUAAAGCCGACAUCUUCUCGCUGGGCAUCACGCUUUUCGAAGUGGCUGGCGGUGGUCCACUUCCCAAAAAUGGGCCCGAGUGGCACAAUCUGCGAAAUGGCGAGGUGCCCAUACUGCCGACACUGAGCAGAGAUUUUAACGAACUGAUAGCCCAAAUGAUGCAUCCAGAUCCGGAUAAGAGGCCAACAUCACAGUCCAUAUUCAGCCAUCCAAUUUUGAGCGCCGUUGACUCUAAGAGCAAGCUGCAGCUCGGCCUGGAGCUGACCGUUGAAAAGCGCAAGAACGAGAUAUUAAUGAACAAGCUGAGAGAAGCCAAAAAGCAGAUUAAACUACUCGAGCAAAGAGUCAACCUCCUUGCCGUGACCAAUAAUCCGGAUAGUCUGGAUGGGCAGCGGUGCCUUCGCUCCUUCACGCGACGCAUGCGCACGCCAUUCUCCAGUCAUGGCAAGUUCGAUGGCAUAUCUGAUCGCAACAAAAACGUUAUCACCAAUAUCUGAUAAGCUCCUCUCUUCAUACCGAACCUAUAGCCAAACUCUUCCGAAUCGAACGUGAACUAAGCUCACAUUUUGUUACCUUUUAAGCGUAUUCAUAUAAUCGAUAUAAAUUGAUAAGUUUUCGCUUCAGUAGAUCGUAAACCCUCAACCUUAUUUCACACGUUUGUUUCAAGCUCGUGGAUUUAGAAGCAUUCGUAAUAUAAUAUAUAUAUUUUUCAAGCUCAGUGAACUUUUCUUGGUAGAAAAAGCAUGAUGAUCGUUUUUAUAAACAUCCAACGUAACUUUUAAGUAUAUCGCGUAGCUGUAAUGAGUAUUGUUUUCGACAUUAAAAUAUUUAUUAUGUUACAUGGAAUUCAAAAUAAAAACAUUCCAUUCGUUUAGUAUAGCGAAUGCUAUUCCAUA